UCUUCCUUUCCGAAUUUGCUUAAAAGAAACACCUUUUGAAAACGCUCGGAGUACAAUUUACCAAAAGAACGACAAUUUCCCGCCUAAAUUUCGCACCAAAAAGUCACUGAUUCUCCCGAAGUUUCUAGAACCAUCCGUAUUAUCCAGAGGAAAAAAAUCGCCGAUUUGCUAUCUGCUCGGCGACAAUGGGAGAUGUGAAGAAAUGGAGCGUGACGUACACGAAGCAUCUCAAGCAGAAGCGAAAAGUUUAUCACGAUGGCUUCUUAGAGCUUCAAUCUUCAAGCCACAAGGCCAUGCUCUAUGAUGAUUGUGAGAAGCUGUUAGGCAUUAAGAUUUUGAAGAAUGACGAUGAUGUCAAAACAGGCGAAACACUGCCAUUUGAUUCUUACCUUGUUGAUAUUGGUGAUCCUCACGGCGAUUACAACCCUAUACCCAAAUUAAAUACUAAACUGAUGGAUAAGAAAGUUCCGGUGGAAUCUGGGCUACUGCAUUCUGGGAAAAGCUCAACUGCUGUUGAUAAUAGGAAAUCUAAUCUGGGGAAAAGGAAAGCAACACCAAGUAAUCUAAGCCCAUCACAAAAGAUUAUUAGAGAGUUCAAGAAAAGUGAAGCUAGCAAAUAUGGUUCUUCUCCAGGUUCUCUUGAUACAACAAAGUCAAGCACAGAAGAAUGGCAGGUAUUGUACACCACACAAAUAACUCAAAAGGCAAAGAAGUUCCAUGAUGGGUAUUUGCGACUUGUGAUGUCUGGCUCACAUGGCAAGCAGAUCAUGCUGUAUGAUGCAACCAGGAGACUCCUAGAUAGUAGGUUUCUGAAAAAGAAUGAAAGUAUCAUGUCUGGCCAAUCGGUAACAUUUGAUGGUCACUUAGUGGAGAUAGGAGAAUCUGAGGAAGAUCAAAAGCCUCCAAAGGACCUUAGAGAUCAAGGAAAGCAUGUCACAGGACUUGGAAAAAGAGAACCAGUACACGGGGAUGUCGGUGUCCAUAACAAGUUUCCGGCUGAGUUCAAGAAGAGUGAAGUUCGCAAAUAUAGUUCUUCACCGGGUUCCCUUGACAUGGCAAAGUCAAGCACAGAAGAAUGGCAGGUACUCUACACCACACAAAUAACUCAAAAGGCAAAGAAGUUCCAUGAUGGGAUUUUGCGACUGGUGAUGUCUAGCUCACAUGGAAAACAGAUCAUGCUGUAUGAUGCGACCAGGAGACUCCUAGUUAGCAGGUUUCUGAAAAAGAAUGAGAACAUCGAUUCUGGUGAAUCGGUAACAUUUGAUGGUUACUUGGUGGAUAUUGGAGAAUGUAAGGGAGACCAAAAGCCUCCAAAGGAUAUUAGUCCUCGAGGAAAGCAUAUCAAGGAACUUGGAAAAAGAGGACCGGUACACGGGGAAGUUGCUGUCCUCAAUAAGUUGCUUGCUGAAUGGGAUGCCAUGUAUACAGCUCAGAUAACUCAAAAGGCAAAAAAGUACAAUAAUGGAAUCCUUAGACUUUCAUCCUGUGGUUCCUACCAAUCUCAGGUUACUCUACUUACAGAAGAAGGAAACAUACUAUGCCGAAGGUUCCUCAAGUUAUCAGAACAUGUCACAACUGGAACUACAUUGAAUCUGUCAAAUUAUUUGGUUGAAGUUGGUGACAUGAGGACAAGUCCAGAAGGAAAACCUCAAACUGAUGCUUCUUCCCGAGAGCAUGCACAAUCUGAUUUUAAAAUAUCUGGACUCGACAAUAUCAAAUCAAGUAGAAGAAUCUCCUCUGACAAGCCAAUUCCUAAUAGGGAACCUCAAAAUGGAGUUUUUUCAGUGGAACAUAUGGACUCAAAGACUGCAAGCUGUUCUGUUGACAAUACAAUGAAUUGUAGGAUCUCCAGAUCAAACUCUGUUCGUGCAGCUCAUGAAAUCUUGUCCAUUCUUAAAAAACCGAUCUCUUCGAAAGGUGCUGGCACAGUAAGGGACAUCACAUUUGCAGACGAAUGCCAAGUAUUGCAGUCAUCAAAUCUUGUUUGCAGUGACAUUAAGAGUCAAACAGAGGAACAUCUCUUGCAAGACUUCAAUGUUAAAGGCAGUUCAUCAUUGCAUAGGGAAGAACAAACUACCAUGACGCAUAGCAGCGGCACGAACCUUUCAGAAAUAAAAGUUACUGAUGCAUUCCAUUUGGAUGAAAUUUCUCAACCAUCGGAUUGCACCGGUCAAAGAGUAUAUCAUACUCGGUCAUUAAGCUUGUCUACAGGAUUAGGAGAGAUGGAUAUAUGCUUGCGUGAUGUAGAAUGCACUGUCACAGAGAGGUCUCCAACUGCAAAGCUGAAGCAUUUGGUUAUUCCUGAGUCAGACUCUAAGAUUCAAGCAGUUGAAACACUCCGCCACGACAGGUCUAAUAAAAUUUUGGAAAUUGAGGAUGCAUCUGAAUCUGUCUCGCAGCAAGAUAAUCCUAGUGGCCCAGUGGCUCCAUUAACUGAUGCCUGCACCUUGACUCAUGCAUCCAACAAGCCUGCUGUCGAUAACAAGCAGAUGGAUACUCAACGUAGGCAAGAGGGAUUUUCUGGUGUUAUUACUGAUGUUUCAAAUGAUUCUCCUCCACAGUUCCCUUGUCACUCAACUGAGACGAAUUCUCUUCAUGAUAUCAGUACAUACAAAAUGGAUGAUUUACCUAGUUUUGAUCUUGGAUUUUAGAGGACUAUUGUCAUAUUGUAUUAUUCUUUCGCAUGUAACUGCAGAGUACAUUAACUGAGGUUUUCUCUCAAGAUGUAUGCAAACUCACCAAUAGCGGGCAUGCUCAGACUAGAAUGAAUCAUAAUGAUUCUAGUUCAUUCAUAAUUACUAUUGAGUAGAAGGAAAAAAUGGUGAAAAAGUACUGACAAUAGAAGCUAACAAUUUUUGUAUGAACUGGAAGGGGCAUGUGCCACGCAUAUGCAUAUCAUGCAAUAGUAAGACCUCAAUAUAUUUUUCA